UUCUCGACGACCUCCAUGGCUUCCAAGCAUAUGCUUGCCGUGGCGGCGGCGAUCAUCCUCGCCUUCCUCCCCAUGAUCGCCUCAGAAACCGUGCAUCCUGUGGGCGAUGCCAGGGGCUGGACGCUCGGCUUCGACUACAAAACCUGGUCCGAGAGCAAGCAGUUCAGAGUCAGCGACACACUGCUGUUCGGCUACAACAAGGCCUUCCACAACGUGAUAGAGGUGAGCGGGCCGGACUUCAAGGCGUGCAACACCGCCAACCCCAUCGGCGCCUAUAGCUGCGGCAGCGAUGCGGUCGGGCUGGAGAAGCCGGGGAGGAGGUGGUUCAUCUGCGCCAUCGGCAAGCAUUGCCAGAUGGGCAUGAAGCUCAACGUCACCAUCCACGCGGCGGACGCGCUCACGCCGGCCCCGGCACCGGCACCGUGGUCUCACCAUCACAAAUCCAGGCGCCCCUUCGUUUCCAAGUGGUGA